AUGUCGACUUUGAAAGAGAUCCUCGCGCUCGAGCAAGUGGAGCAUAACCGCUUUAAGAGCAAAUUCAACCCACCUCGCAUGGGAAAUGUCUUGCCGAUUGCAUUUGGAGGAUAUACUAUUGGUGUUGCGACGCAUGCUGCCUGCUUUGAUAUUCCGCCAAGCCACAGACUCUACGCAAUAAACGGCAACUUUCUGGGUCCGGCAUUGACAGAUCGCCCCGUGUUUAUCAACACAAAAGUAUACCGCUCAACUAAAACCUUUACAACAAAGCUCGUCGAAGUCUUGCAGAAACAGGAUGAUGGCAAGNNGGAGAGAGUGUGUCUUGUAGCUCUCGCAGACUUCCAUGUCGUAGAGCCAGAGCCGUUCAUGGUAUACUCCGCGCCGCCGAGCAAAAAGUAUUCCCCAGUUGAGGAGUCCUGGACGCCAACGGAUCGCAANAAGACCAUGGUGGAGGAGAAGAUCUUGACCCAAGCCGACGUGGAUAGACACGAUAAACUGUUCAGCCUGAUGAGCGAAUUGAUUGAUAUGCGAUUCACACCUCAAAGCAUCCACGGACAGACUCUGCAGGGCUUUGCAAAGGGACAUAAGACCACGCAAGAGCAUCUACCUCUUACCGAUCGUUCUUCAGCAGACUGGCUUCGUGUGCGUGAGAAGGUAUCCACGCAUGCCGAGAAUGUUACUAGUCUGGCUUUCCUACUGGACGCGAGUAUCUCUUUUACACCGCUUGUGCUGCAAAGCAUGCCAUUGACGGAAUCGGGAGCUUGCUCAACCUUGGAGUUUUCUCUCAGAUUCUUGACGCCGGAGAUCAAUACCAACGAGUUCCAUAUGCGCGAGUGGAAGACGUAUGCUGGAGAUGCCGCAAGGACGUUUUCGGAAGCAAGACUCUGGGACGGCAAGGGUAAAAUGGUUGCGAGCAUGUCUCAAACUUGCAUCCUGAGACCGCCAAAGAAGGCAGCAACGAAGAAAUCGAAGCUCUAG